AUGGGUCGAGAUGGUAGCCAUUCCAUUUCUGAUAACCCAUCCUCAAAUGUUGAUAUCUCUAAUGCGGAGAUUCAUUAUUCCCUCAUAUGGUUAGUUCGAGCUGUGACCACUCAAUUGAACCAACACAAAGUAACUCCAGUGAACAUGAAUGUUAAGAAAAGUAAAUGGGUGAAAAAGGGGAGUAAUAUUGGAGAUAAUGACUUUAACCAUCAGAAGAUGUCAAAGAGGGAGACGUCUGGCCGUUGUUCUAGGAAAGGUAGAGCUUCUCAAUCCAAGACUGGUGGUAGUUUUAGUAUAUCUACUAUUUCCAAGUGUUCCAACUGUGGGAAAAACCAUAGAAGAGAGUGCUUAGUAGGAUUGGAUGCUUGCUAUAGGUGUGGAAAGCAAGGUCAUUAUGCAAGAGAGUGUAGGAGUGUUACUAGACCUCAGGCUCUGGCCCAGACUAUAGGUCAUCCCAAUCAAAGUUCUACUACAUCGGAUGGCGGUCAGCAUCAAGAAAUAUUGUAUGCCUUUCAGAUUCAUCAGGAGUUAGAGUAUUAUCCCGAUGUUGGGACUGGUUUGAUUUAUAUCCCAUGA